AUGAAGUGCUUCGCUUUUCUACCAGCGCUUGCCCUCCUUCCCGGCACCUUGAGUGCAACCGUCUACAUGGCGGGUGAUUCGACCAUGGCCAAGGGCGGAGGUGGAGCUGGCACUGACGGAUGGGGUCUGCACAUCGCCCCCUUCGUCUCUGCCACAGUAUCGAACAAAGCAGUUGCCGGCCGCAGUGCUCGCUCAUAUACCCGCGAAAAACGUUUCCAAGCCAUCGCAGAUGUCCUGAAGCCAGGUGACUAUGUGGUCAUCGAGUUCGGGCACAACGACGGCGGCAGCCUCACAACAACCGAUAAUGGCCGUACAGACUGUCCCGGAACGGGCGACGAGACCUGCACUACCACUUACAACGGUGUCACGGAAACCGUGCUCACUUUCCCCAAGUACUUGGAGAAUGCUGCGCAGUUGUUUCUGUCCAAGCAAGCCAAGGUGCUGAUCUCCAGUCAGACGCCCAACAAUCCGUGGGAGACCGGCACCUUCUCCUAUACUCCGUCGCGCUUCGUCGCGCUCGCCAAAUUGGCUGCACAGACAGCGGGCGUGGAUUAUGUCGACCAUGGCGCCUAUGUGGCCGACAUGUAUAAGUCUCUGGGCAUGACGACCGUUGACUCAUAUUUCCCAAAUGACCACACCCAUACCAGCUCUACAGGAGCUGAAGUUGUUGCACGCGCUUUUCUCAAGGCUGUAGUGUGCAGCGGCGCUCAUCUGAAGGACGUCUUGAACACAACGGAUUUCUCGGGCAGAUGCCUGUGA